UGGUACAAACUAUCAUCAGCCAACAUGAAGAUUAGUAUACUUGGUUCCCUACUACUUCUUUCUUUCGCCGUCUUGGUAACAAGCCAGGAUGAUAAAGCUUCUGAUGACAAAGGAAUUGAGGAAGUUAAAAAAUUCAUUAUGGAUUUGAUCAAGUCUUCAGAUUUGGAUAAAGCGGAAAAAGAAGCCCUUGAAAAGUUAUUGCCAUUGGAUGGUGACAAGAAAAAAGCCGCAAUGGAUCUAGUUGAUAGAUUAAAGAAAGCCGCAAAGGAAGACGCAGAUGCAAAGCCGAAACCUGAUGACAAAAAGCCUGAUGACAUGAAGCCUGAUGACAAGAAACCUGAAGAUAAACCUGACAAGAAACCUGAGGAUAAACCUGACAAGAAACCAGAAGAUAAACCUGACAAGAAACCUGAGGAUAAACCUGAUGACAAACCUGACAAGAAACCUGAUGACAAACCUGACAAGAAACCUGAAGAUAAACCUGACAAGAAACCAGAAGAUAAACCUGACAAGAAACCUGAGGAUAAACCUGACAAACCUGAUGACAAACCUGACAAGAAACCUGAUGACAAACCUGACAAGAAACCUGAUGACAAACCUGACAAGAAACCUGAGGAUAAACCUGACAAGAAACCAGAAGAUAAACCGACUGAAGAAAAAGACCCAGUCAAAACAUUCGUCAUGAUCGUUAAAGACAUUAAAACCACCACCAAGAAGACAUUCACAUCUAUCAGAGAUCUCAUUAAAGAUGGACUUAAAGGCAAACCAAGACAACCCCUGAUCAAGAAGAUCAUCAAUCAGUUAAAUCAAUCUGAUAAAGACAAGAAACCAGAUGGCAAACCUAUCUACAUUCUUAUUGAUCUUACUAAUGGCGUCAGUGUGUCCUCUAAUCCUGAAGAAAUCGCCGAUAAAUUAAAGGGUGAAAAGAAAAAAAGUGAAAAAAAGAAAGAUGAGGAUGAUGAUAGUGAUGAUGUUAUAGACGAUGUCUUGUCAUUCUUUGACAUUGGUUUAGACGAUUAA